GGCGCGGCGCCGGCGGGCGGCGGCGCGGAGGCCGGACCGGGCGGCGGCCCAGGCGGCGCGGGGGGCGCGGCGGCCAAGGCGGGCGGCGCCGCCGACAUGACGGACAAUAUCCCGCUGCAGCCGGUACGCCAGAAGAAGCGGAUGGACAGCAGGCCCCGCGCCGGGUGCUGCGAGUGGCUGAGAUGCUGCGGUGGAGGUGAGGCCAGGCCCCGCACUGUCUGGCUGGGGCACCCCGAGAAGAGAGACCAGAGGUAUCCUCGGAAUGUCAUCAACAAUCAGAAGUACAAUUUCUUCACCUUUCUUCCUGGGGUGCUGUUCAACCAGUUCAAAUACUUUUUCAACCUCUAUUUCUUACUUCUUGCCUGCUCUCAGUUUGUUCCCGAAAUGAGACUUGGUGCACUCUAUACCUACUGGGUUCCCCUGGGCUUCGUGUUGGCCGUCACUGUCAUCCGUGAGGCAGUGGAGGAGAUCCGAUGCUACGUGCGGGACAAGGAAGUCAACUCCCAGGUCUACAGCCGGCUCACAGCACGAGGCACAGUGAAGGUGAAGAGUUCUAACAUCCAAGUUGGAGACCUCAUCAUUGUUGAAAAGAACCAGCGGGUCCCUGCCGACAUGAUCUUCCUGAGGACAUCAGAAAAAAACGGGUCAUGCUUCUUGCGGACGGAUCAGCUGGAUGGGGAGACGGACUGGAAGCUGCGGCUUCCCGUGGCCUGCACGCAGAGGCUCCCCACGGCCGCCGACCUUCUUCAGAUUCGAUCGUAUGUGUACGCAGAAGAGCCAAAUAUUGACAUUCACAACUUCGUGGGAACUUUUACCCGAGAAGACAGCGACCCCCCGAUCAGCGAGAGCCUGAGCAUAGAGAACACGCUGUGGGCUGGCACUGUGGUCGCAUCAGGUACUGUUGUAGGUGUUGUUCUUUACACUGGCAGAGAACUCCGGAGUGUCAUGAAUACUUCAAAUCCCCGAAGUAAGAUCGGCCUGUUCGACUUGGAAGUGAACUGCCUCACCAAGAUCCUCUUUGGUGCCCUGGUGGUGGUCUCGCUGGUCAUGGUUGCCCUUCAGCACUUUGCAGGCCGUUGGUACCUGCAGAUCAUCCGCUUCCUCCUCUUGUUUUCCAACAUCAUCCCCAUUAGUUUGCGCGUGAACCUGGACAUGGGCAAGAUUGUGUACAGCUGGGUGAUUCGAAGGGACUCGAAAAUCCCGGGGACCGUGGUUCGCUCCAGCACGAUUCCCGAGCAGCUGGGCAGGAUUUCAUACUUACUCACAGACAAGACAGGCACUCUUACCCAGAACGAGAUGAUUUUCAAACGGCUCCAUCUCGGAACAGUAGCCUACGGCCUCGACUCAAUGGACGAAGUACAAAGCCACAUUUUCAGCAUUUACACCCAGCAAUCCCAGGACCCACCGGCUCAGAAGGGCCCGACGCUCACCACUAAGGUCCGGCGGACCAUGAGCAGCCGCGUGCACGAAGCCGUGAAGGCCAUCGCGCUCUGCCACAACGUGACUCCCGUGUAUGAGUCCAACGGUGUGACCGAUCAGGCUGAGGCCGAGAAGCAGUACGAAGACUCCUGCCGCGUGUACCAGGCAUCCAGCCCCGAUGAGGUGGCCCUGGUACAGUGGACCGAAAGUGUGGGCUUAACCCUGGUGGGCCGAGACCAGUCUUCCAUGCAGCUGAGGACCCCUGGCGACCAGAUCCUGAACUUCACCAUCCUACAGAUCUUCCCUUUCACCUAUGAAAGCAAACGUAUGGGCAUCAUCGUGCGGGAUGAAUCAACUGGAGAAAUUACGUUUUACAUGAAGGGAGCAGAUGUGGUCAUGGCUGGCAUUGUGCAGUACAAUGACUGGUUGGAGGAAGAGUGUGGCAACAUGGCCCGAGAAGGGCUGCGGGUGCUCGUGGUGGCAAAGAAGUCUCUUGCAGAGGAGCAGUAUCAGGACUUUGAAGCCCGCUACGUCCAGGCCAAGCUGAGUGUGCACGACCGCUCCCUCAAAGUGGCCACGGUGAUCGAGAGCCUGGAGAUGGAGAUGGAACUGCUGUGCCUGACGGGCGUGGAGGACCAGCUGCAGGCAGACGUGCGGCCCACGCUGGAGACCCUGAGGAAUGCUGGCAUCAAGGUUUGGAUGCUGACAGGGGACAAGCUGGAGACAGCUACAUGCACAGCGAAGAAUGCACAUCUGGUGACCAGAAACCAAGACAUCCACGUUUUUCGGCUGGUGACCAACCGCGGGGAGGCUCACCUCGAGCUGAACGCCUUCCGCAGGAAGCAUGAUUGUGCCCUGGUCAUCUCGGGAGACUCCCUGGAGGUUUGCCUCAAGUACUAUGAGUACGAGUUCAUGGAGCUGGCCUGCCAGUGCCCGGCCGUAGUCUGCUGCCGCUGUGCCCCCACCCAGAAGGCCCAGAUCGUGCGCCUGCUUCAGGAGCGCACGGGCAAGCUCACCUGUGCAGUAGGGGACGGAGGCAAUGACGUCAGCAUGAUUCAGGAAUCUGACUGCGGCGUGGGAGUGGAAGGAAAGGAAGGAAAACAGGCUUCGUUGGCUGCAGACUUCUCCAUCACUCAAUUUAAGCAUCUUGGCCGGUUGCUUAUGGUGCACGGCCGGAACAGCUACAAGCGGUCAGCCGCCCUCAGCCAGUUCGUGAUUCACAGGAGCCUCUGUAUCAGCACCAUGCAGGCUGUCUUUUCCUCCGUGUUUUACUUUGCCUCCGUCCCUCUCUAUCAAGGAUUCCUCAUCAUUGGGUACUCCACAAUUUACACCAUGUUUCCUGUGUUUUCUCUGGUCCUGGACAAAGAUGUCAAAUCGGAAGUUGCCAUGCUGUAUCCUGAGCUCUACAAGGAUCUUCUCAAGGGACGGCCGUUGUCCUACAAGACAUUCUUAAUAUGGGUUUUGAUUAGCAUCUAUCAAGGGAGCACCAUCAUGUACGGGGCGCUGCUGCUGUUUGAGUCGGAGUUCGUGCACAUCGUGGCCAUCUCCUUCACCUCGCUGAUCCUCACCGAGCUGCUCAUGGUGGCGCUGACCAUCCAGACCUGGCACUGGCUCAUGACAGUGGCGGAGCUGCUCAGCCUGGCCUGCUACAUCGCCUCCCUGGUGUUCUUACACGAGUUCAUCGAUGUGUACUUCAUCGCCACCUUGUCAUUCUUGUGGAAAGUCUCCGUCAUCACUCUGGUCAGCUGCCUCCCCCUCUAUGUCCUCAAGUACCUGCGAAGACGGUUCUCUCCCCCCAGCUACUCAAAGCUCACAUCAUAGGCCGUGCGUUCGCUGGAGGGGGCCCUGGUCUCGGCGCUUCCCUGAUGGAUAGAGCUCAAGUUCCAUUUAUAUUAACCGCCACCUGUGGAUUUUGCAGUAAUUGCUAACACAUGCAGUUUUAAUGGGAAGAGGCUCUGCGCCUAAACGGAGUCCUAACGCUGCAUCAACGGGAGGGAGGGUCCUAAAAGAGACCCAUCUGGGCCUGUCUGAACCCCUCGUUCUUCAUGUUUAGGUGAAUGUGAAUAUGUUAAAGCUGGUGGCUCAGCUGGGAGAUUUAUAUGGGUCACUGUGCGAGCUUCCUUAUGACUUGAAUUUUGUUGUCACAUGAUAAAAGUUUCUGUGUAGCUGAAGGUUGUAGAAGGCUUGUGUGUGUGUGUGUGUGUGUGUGUGUGUGUGUGUGUGUGUUUAAACAGUCCUAAUGUGUAUGUACUCUUUAUGUCUUUCUUGCUCUUACAAAGAGGUGUCAGAAAAAUAGAAAGCUCUUGGUGUCGGUUUGGGAGGAAAAGACAGUGACAUUUGGUAAAAAGUUAUCCACACAAUAAUCUCCAUUCGGAAAUGCUCAGUAUCGUCUCCAGCCAGCCCUGCUUAUCCAGGUUACACUGGAUUCCUGGGAUCGUAACCAGUAAAUGAGAGGAGAGGGAGAGAGAGUGUCCUAAGUCCAAUCUGUUAUCCUUGAUCUGAUUCAGCAUCCAUAGUGCGUGAGUUAACUUCACCUGCCACCUCGUAAAAGAAUUUCAGAGGUGUGAUCCUGCUUUAUUGGGACCUGGUAACAAUCACAAAGCCAGUGACUGUUUGAGAACGACCUCAGACAUUUUCAGCAGAGUUGUUUUAGCAGGAAACGUGCCACUGAAUGGCCCCUAAAUGUGUCGACAGUGUGAUAAGAGACUCAACUAAUUCUUUAGGCAACAUGGCAGAUGUGACUCAGAUCCUCCAAGACCAAAGCGGAAAGGUCAGGGGGCUGGGACUCUUCUCUUCCAUAGAAGCCUGUUUCCUGUUAGGAGGCAUAAUGGAAGAUGACCCCACAAAGGCAGAGGCAUCUUUCAGAACAACACUGGUGGCAGCUUUCAGAACAAGGAACCCCUGGUGGGAGGACGCCCAAGCUACAGCGUUGGGAUCUGGGAUCUGUUCCACUGCCGGCAGAUUUCAAGGGGAACUUGCUGAAAGGCAGCCAGUGGUGAAGAUUUCUCCCCUCCCAGGAUGGACUACAUGCCGGCAUGUUUCUUAUAAAGCUGUGGCUGCUUGUUUCAGAGGAAGGGAGUUUGCAGUCGCGGGACGUGGUAGAGCAAGGCAUUCUUGGGUUUUCAAGUUGCUUCUUGCAGAAGCCACAUAUGCAUGCCAUAAGGGUUAAGUUGGUGGAUCUUUAAGAGCCAAGUGUGGUUGAGAUCUUGGAUUUGCGUUUACUUCUUGAUGAAUACAUAUCCUUCAAACCCUCUGCCUGGCGCUACUUCUGUGUGCUUCAGAGAUGUACAUCACAGCCUGGUUUCUGAUGCCUACUAACUCCUGCUCUUGGAGAGCUGGAGACACGAGGAUCAGAUAGUCCCUUGCCUUUGGAGCACUCUUGAUAAGCUUUUGUAUUUUGUGUUGUCCUUUUAAAAUGUUCUAGAAUGACUUUACAUUGCAGGUACUGAUUAAUUGGCUGUUGACACCACAUCUAUUUUGUCUUAUGAUUCUGCAGUUUUGCAGUACUUUUCUCUAUCUGAUUCAGCCAUUUCUGCCAGAGGGAAAAGGUCGGCAGAAAAGAUGUAUUGAAUGAAUAGUUAAGGAUAGGAUCUUUGUCCAAAAAUUUCAGAAAGAUUGAGCAAAUCUGACGUCUUCAUUGAGUGAGUUUCUGUGUUUUCAAAGGUGGUGGAGAAAGUUGUGCUGGAAGUUUUUAAGCCUCCGUUUUCUUGGAAAUCAGUCUGUAACACUGGCAAGUCUUAAGAUAGUCCCGUUUGGAGUUUGCAGACCCUGUACCUGGCUCUGUAAUGCUGGGAAGUCUUAAGAUAGUCCCGUUUAGACUUUGCAGAUGCUGAACCUGGCUCUGUAACGCUGGGAAGUCUUAAGAUAGUCCUGUUUAGACUUUGCAAACCCUGUACCUGGCUUUGCUCGGAGAUUCGGGAUGCUGGCUCCUGCAGGCAGGGCGUGUGGGAGCCUCGUCAGAAAGUUUUAGAGGUUUCCAGCAGAAGCAGAAUGAAGAUGGUCUCCCUGGCCUUUUCCUUAAUUCUCAAUUUUGAUUGAGGUGCACAAGUUGACUUUUAAAGCCAACGCUUAAGAUACUGAUUGACAUCUUCAAGGGAGAAUGCUCCCAGGAGGGGCUGAAGAAGCCAUAGUUGGAAGUGGAAGGUACUCAUCAGUGUUCUCCACAAACCUUUUUACUCUGUUGUCUCAGCCGCACUGGGGCGGAGGCGGUCAAGGGUGAGAAGGACCAACACUCAAGUGCAAACUACCACGUCGUUGGCCCAUCCCAUCAGUGGGCAGCUGGCUGACGCCAUUCACUGGACGGUCCCUGAACACCUAGGAAUGCACACACCGUGCUUCUCAGACACUGGAGACGCAAAGGUAGGAGGAUGCAGUCCGGUGAGGACACGAUCUUUACCUGCACGAUCAGACUGUAAGCCCAGCAGAGAACCCCAGGGGCGCCUGGGCACUUCUCGGAGGUCAUCUUAGUUGUGGUGGGGAAGACAAAGAAAUAAGCAAACAAGAAACUAGAGUUACUAUACAAGAAACUCUCCUGAGUUUGUAAACCUUAAGCAUAAGGAUUCAGUUGACCUUUUUCUUGGUUCGUCAAUCUGGAAAGAACUUACAUAAAGCGCCAUUGACACUGUCACCUGGGAGCUCCAUGGGCCGUAAGUCUUUGACAGCCAAUUUAAUUUGAGGUCAGAGGGCCUUGAGGUACACAGUCAGCACUGUUUGAACACUUCCUGAAAGCAAAACUCAGCUCCCUGCACCCUCUGACAACACUAGCUAUUUCUGCCAGAGUAAGAACUUCUAUUACUAUGUUAUUAUUGUUCAUAUGUCUUUUGAUGAUGGUUGUGUGACAGGGGGAAGCAGGAUCUAUUUGGUUUCUUCCCCCUCCCCCCACCCCUUCCUUUUUGUCUCUUUUUUUUUCUCUAAGAAAAUCACCAGACUAGUUUUUCCAUCUUGAGUAAUUUCUUAUGUGGGACAGUUUUGAUCCUCAUUUUGAAAGCAUGCGUGUGCACAUGUGUGUUGCCUGUGGUGCCAGGUGAGACAGGUGGCACUAACUCCAGCUGCUUGGAAGGCAUCCCAGGGCGCAUCUUAAAGUUGGAGCAGACCUCCCUUUUCCAGCCCCUGGGGCCAGUAGACCACGUGCUGGAACUAGCAUUGUAAAAUUCCCAUCCCAGUUCCACUCCCCUGGAGUGAAACCCUUUUUUUUUUGUGACAGUAAAUCUUAAAAAUCAUUGUCUCUUUAUGAACAUUUCCUCAGUUUCUUCUCUGCUGAAAAUGUAAGCCAUGCUACUUUUUAAUGUAUUUUGAAUUUUGUGCUCAUUGGAAAUUGAUAUGCUAAUGCCUCCCCCACCCCCCGCCAGACUUUUCUUUUUAUACUUUGUCUUGUUUUUAUUGGGGUAGGCUGGGCAUGCGUGCGUGCCUUUAGGGCAGCAUUUUAAACCUUUGCCAAAAUUGCAAAUGGGACAUGUACAUUCUUCUGCUCCAUCCUACUUAAACACCUAUCAGCUAUUUUUAUCUUUAACCUUUUCUGUAUGUUUGAAGUGUGUGGGGUGUGUGUGUGUGAAAGAAAGAGCGAGAGAAUGAUGUCAUCUAAAGUUUUUUGAAGAAUUAUUUGGUUUUCAUUGCAUUAAAAUUCUAUCACUCCCAGCUUUGUUUUCAUUUAAAAAAAUAUACAAAGAGCUUUGUGAAUACAACACAUUUUAUUUCUCCCCCUUCUUUUAAUGUACAGCUUUUUUGCCGCUUAUAUAUACUUAAAAUAUUCCCAUGAAUUAUGUCCAGUUCUUCUUGGAAAAAAAUUUGUUUUUGAAUGAACCUGCAAAGCAUCCUGCAGUGUGAGCAGCUCCUCCACCUGGAGCUCCGAAGCAUCUUCUCAGGCCAAAGCGGCGUUACCCGUGAAUCUGUCUUCUCUGCCACAGCAUGGUUUGAGGCGCAGUCUGUUAAUAUAGCUGGGCCGUGUCAGUGACUGUUGUGUUUGUGGGGUCAGGUGGGGGGCAUGGUAUUUGCAAAAAAAAAACAAAUUAUGGCUAAUUUAUUAUUUUGUUGCAGUGGGGUUAACUGUAAACUCAUGUAAGAGUCCGUGAUUUCCUCAUUGGUUGAUCUCUCUCUCUGUAAUCCUCAUUGCAAAUUUUCACCAGGACAGCGUUUUUUGAUUAGAGGGGAGCUCUGGCACAGUAUGCUUUAAUUUAGCAGGAACUUCCAGAUGAUUUAAAUUCUCGAUGCUGUGAUGACACACAUGUGAUCUUUCGUGUUUCUGAGCGACUCUACUUUCAUUGUUUGCCAGCGUGGCUCGUUGCUGUUGCCCAAUAAAGCUUGUGUACAUUC